AGCCAGGGCCUCGUAGAUCCGGCCGUCUUCACGAAUAUCAUAUCACAUCGCAUCAAGCCCAUCUUCCCCCGACGAGCGGCAGCUCUUCAGCAAUACCAUCUAUCAGUGGAGUCCCUCAACCAACGACCUCCCAAGCUUUUAUCUCCUCUCAUAUAAUCACGAACCGACAGUUCCCCAUGCCGCGCAUCACGAGCAUGCCCGAUGAAAUCCUCCUCAAUAUUUCCCAGUCUCUUCACUCAACCGCUCCCGUCUGCUUGUCUGUGACUUGCAGCAAGAUGCAGGCCUUCUUCCACCAACCAGCAGCCUCCAUGCCCAGCCUUACGACCACAGUCGAUUGUCCCGCCACCCUCGAGAACCAUGAAAAGUUCCUUUGGGAGCUACUCGAAACAUACUUGGGCCCAAGAAGUUGGGGUGGACAUUACGGCGUCGACAAAUUCGUGAAUAAAGGACUGUACCAGGAAGUUCGGGAUGAAUACUGGCGAUUGCGCCCGCAGCGUCCGUACAAUGUGGAGGACCCCAGUCCGUGGGUUAAGGAAGGUCAUGAUGUUGCUGAUGCCAGGGGUCAGGUGAAGGCGCUGGAGGAGAUGUCUCCCUCUGAAAUAAUGGGUCCUUUGUUGCAUCUGAUACAGCCAUUCUGGACCACGAGAAUGCACUUGGCUCCGACGGCACAAUGGAUGCUCCUUCGCGGCGGGGACCCCCACGAUCUGGUUGCAAUUGUCUAAUUCUCCGUCCCGAUGUCGAGCGUUCCCACCCCAUGCUCCCAGGUUGCGAUAUUAUCGCUGUGGUAGGAUCAUAGGCUUUGGCUAUAGAAAUGUUGAAGUCAAAUAGCGUUCGAUUUUCU